GGGAGCUUGGGCUCCGGCGGCUCCCGAUUGAUUGGCUGCGAGGCCAGGACGGGCCAGUCCUCGGGCGCCUUAUAAACGCUGCCCUCCCCAUGCUGCAUGUGGACACGGGCUCUUCCUCUGCAUCGCAGGUCGUAAGGCACACGGGCCCCGCUGCUGCGCCUGUGGAGGACGUGCCAUGGCAUAGCAUGACUGCACUUCACACUGUGUGCCAUGCCCUUCCCCAACAGCUCUGACCUCAGCCCAUCCUCCUUCAUCUUGGCCAGCAUCCCAGGGCUGGAGGCUGCCCAUUUCUGGGUGGCGAUCCCUCUGUGCUCCGUGUACAUCAUGGCUGUAGCAGGCAACUGUGCAGUGCUGUUCAUCGUGAAGAUGGAGCCCAGCCUGCAUGUUCCCAUGUAUUUCUUCCUCUGCAUGCUGGCUGCCAUCGACCUGGCCUUGUCCACAUCCACAGUGCCACGUGUCCUUGCCUUCUACUGGUUCAACACCAGGGAGAUCAGCUUCAGUGCCUGCCUCAUCCAGAUGUUCUUCAUACACACCCUCUCGGCCAUUGAGUCCACCAUCCUCCUGGCCAUGGCUGUGGACCGGUAUGUGGCAAUCUGCCACCCACUGAGACAUGCUGCCAUCCUCACCAAUGCCACAACAGUGAAAAUAGGGCUGGCAGCCAUGGCCAGAGGAGUCCUCUUCUUCUUGCCCUUGCCUUUGCUCCUCCUGCCCCUUCCCUUCUGCAGCUCGCGGGUGCUGUCACACUCCUUCUGCCUGCACCAGGAUGUGAUGAACCUGGCCUGCGCCAACACUACCCCCAAUGUGGUGUAUGGCCUCACCGCCAUCCUGCUGGUUAUGGGAUUGGAUGCCCUCCUCAUCUGCCUCUCCUACCUCCUGAUCCUCAAGUCUGUCUUGCGGUUGGCUUCAUGGAGGGAGAGGCUCAAGGUAUUCAGCACCUGCAUUGCCCAUAUCUGUGUGGUCCUGGCCUUCUACGUGCCACUGAUCGGGCUGUCCGUGGUGCACAGGUUUGGGAAGGACCUGGCUCCACUUGUCCAUAUCAUCAUGGGGAACAUGUACAUCCUGGUGCCUGCCAUGCUCAACCCCAUCAUCUAUGGGGUGAGGACCAAACAGAUACAAAAGAGGAUCCUGAAUUUAAUUCACAUCUACAACAAUAGAACUGCCUAGUGUCUUCUGCUCAGCUGUCAUCUCCUGUUUCCUCACAAAGCUUCAAGUUGUUUUACAUUCAGGGUCUUUGGAGCGGGCGCUAUCCUCUGUGCAGCACCCAGCACAUGGUAGGAGACUCAAAGGUGCUACCACAAGGUAAAAGGUAAAUAGCAAUUGUAAACUCCUUUCAAGAGUGCUUACCCCACCAAACCUAGAGUGAAUCUACUACAAUGAUCUGAAUCCAACCCUGAUCCAGGAGGUAAUGUAAUGGGAAGGAAAAAUGGAUCAGCAAACUAAUAAAAAGUCUUGACGUUG